GCUGAAAUUAAUUUUACAGAUUAAAUUUAACAAAAUGAGAUUGUUAGCUGUAGAUCAUUCAAAGGCAAGCUAAACCAACCUAGAAGUGAUUCAGAUAUUAAUUUUCGAAGAUUAAAAACAAAAUCAAACGAAAGGUUGUUGAGUACAAAUAUUAAAAAUGGGAAGUGAUAAAGAUGAGUUGUACUCCAGCUUGAUGAAAUGGCUGAGAACCUUCCCAAUCCAGCAACAAGGAACAGAAGAAAAUAUUUGCGAAGGAGUCUCUAUGGCGCAGGUAUUGAAUCAGCUUGCUCCAGACCACUUCGACACCACCUGGUUGACCAAGGUUUCACCCGUCAAGGAGAACAAGAGGUUGAGGGUUAACAACAUCAGGAAGGUGGUCGGCAGUACGGUGGACUAUCUCAAGGAUGUUGUUGGGAUGCAGCUGACGCAGUUUCCUGUUCCAGACGUUAAUCAGGUUGUAAAUGGUAACAAGGAGCAUAUUGGUCGUCUUCUCCAGCUUAUCCUAGGAGUAGCCAUCAACUGUAGUGAACAGGCGGAGUACAUCCAGAGGAUCAUGGAGAUGGAAGAGGAGGUUCAGAGGGUGGUGAUGAUGGCAAUCCAGGAACUUCAUGGUGUACCAACACAAUCCAUUCAUAGUCUUCCAGUUCUAGAGGACGAUAUUCAGGUGAAGAAGCUGAUGGAUGAUAUGGAGAAGACAAGGUUGGAGAAGGAAGGUUUAGCUCAACGUUGUCAUGAACUAGAGCUCAGGUUAAACCUACUCAUGGAGGAGAAAUCAAACCUCUCAGCAGAGUUCGAACAUCUACAGGCCCAGCUUGGUAGUAAGGGGACUGGUGUCCUCCCAGAUUCCGGGAUCCGAUAUAAAGAACUCAAGAAGGAAAAUGAAAACCUCAAACAAGAAAUGGAAUCAAUGGAAGCCGCCAAGUAUGAGACACAGCAUAAGGUCGAUGAGUUGACCCAGCAGCUAGAGGAGAGCGAGGAGAAGCUGGUCGAACUACAGAAGUUGGCAGAACAGAGCAGAUCACUCAAGGAUGAAGUAGACAUUCUCAGAGAGACAAGUGAUAAAGUUGAGAAGUACGAGGGUAUUAUAGAGACCUACAAGAAGAAGGUGGAGGAGAUGGGCGACCUCAAGAGGCAGAUAAAGUUCCUGGAGGAGAAGAACAACGAGUACAUGCAGAACAACCUCGACCUGGAGGACGAGCUAGGGAAGGUGAGCAAAAAGAAACCCCAGAUUGAGAUCUAUAAGAAGCAGAUCAACGAAUUGAACACAAAGCUAAGCGCGGAGGUGGACAAAGCGGACAAGCUGGCGUUCGAGCAUGCCAAGCUAUUGGAGAAGCUGGAGACUUUAACGGUGGAGAGGGACAGGAUCGCAGGGGAGAAGAAUGCACUCAAAGAGCUUAAUGAGGAACUCAAAAUGACCGCCGAGGCUGGUCAGCGAAGUCCUGAGUAUAGCGGAGAUCUAGGAGAUGACCCUGAUAGCGGAAUGCUGGAGAAUAUACCUCCCUCAGUUAAAGAGAGAUUAAUUAGAUUACAGCGAGAAAACAAACGUCUCAGAGCCAAGGCUACAGGAAGUGAGGGGGAUGAAGUCCUACAAACUAUGGUUGAGGAUUUAAAGGAAAGAGAGGAGGAACUAACUAAGAAAAACAGAGAUGCAAACAAGAGAAUUCUGGAACUUGAGGCACGAUUAGAAGAAUCCUCUGCUCCUCCUCCACGUGUUCCAGGAAGCAGAGAAGAACUUGAACUUAAGUUGCUGGAAUCAAAUAAAAAGAUUGCUAGUCAGCAAGAAAUAUUAAACAAAAAAGAGGUUGAGAUGGCUGGUAUGGAGGAGAGAUACAAGAAGUAUAUUGAGAAAGCUAAAUCUGUAAUCAAGACCCUGGAUCCUAAACAUAAUCCUAACUCGGCUCCAGAGAUCAAUAUCCUCAGGGCCCAGCUCACAGAGAAGGACAAGGUCAUCGACGAACUAGAGAAGGAAAGUGACAAAGCCAAAAAACUACGUGAGGUUGAGGAGAGGUUGAUGGCGACUGCGUUCUAUGAUUUUGGAUUAAAGAUGCAGCGCGGAGCUGUGGAAAACCGUCUCUCUACUCUUAGCCAGGGGCAGUCCUUUCUUGCCAAGCAGAGACAAGCAAACACAAGGAAGCAGAACUUUAACCAGGAGAACUACGAUUACUAAACUUAUACCAACUAAAAAACAGAUAAAUAGAGGUUUGAUGUGGAUCUCUUCCAAGAUAUUUUUCUAAACUUUAUCCUUGUUAUUUAACUCUUACAUGGCCCACCGUCUCUGC